GUUUGUUGGUUACAGGUUAGUUGUUGGCUGAUAACGUAUACGGCUGAGGGAAUGAGAUGGAUUUGUGCUUAAAAGAGACAAAGAACGGUUGGAAAGGUCAAAAGGUGGCUCAGGUCAAUGACAACGGGUUUUUGAAGAAGAAGUCUGUGAAUCUUUGUCUUUUCAGUCAUCUUCUUCUUCUGAUUCCACCACCACCGCGUCUUUGAUCCUUUGCUAUAUUGAGAAGCGGAAGCUAUUAGCAUUUUUUUUGUGGUGAUUGUAUAAGCAAAAAUUCAAUAUCUUCUGAACCUAAAAUGGCUAAUCGUGCACACGUACCUCAGUUUGGCAACUGGGGAAAUGGUGGAGAAAAUGUCCUUUACACAGCUUAUUUUGAUAAUGCAAGGAAAGGUAAAAAUGGGAAGAUAAUGAAUCCUAAUGAAAACCCACCGGCUUUUCCUGCUCAACCACAACAACCGCAAGUGAAAUCCAAUUCUUCUCGAAGUAGACCUGAACAAGUGGUACAAGCAAGGCCCCAAAACGACAACCGGUCAACCAGAACAAACGAUAAUGGAGGCAGACAAAAUGAUUAUCAACCUCGCCCGAAUCCUGCAGUUCGUGGCCCCCCAGCUGCUGAUUUAUAUAAUAAACAGAACAGUAAUGAUCGUGGUGCAAAUUCCAGGGAUAACUCCAGAAGACCUACCGUUCCACAAAACAAUGCCAGAAUCGAACAAUCUCCGCAUCACCCAUAUCAGGCUAACAAUGGAGGCAGAGCAGGUGUAUCGCCUUCUCCUUCAUGGGAUAAUAAACCGUCUGGAAACAACGCUGGCUCAACUCCAAACAGACGACCACAACAGAGACCCGCAACUGUGCUACCAAAGUUUGGUGAUUGGGAUGAGAAGAACCCCAAUGCAGGUGCCGGAUAUACACAAAUCUUCAAUGUCGUGCGGGAAGAGAAAAAACAAAUUGCUGCAAACGUAAACACCCCGCAACAGGAGGAGGCUCCCAUCCGUGGAAAGCCUAGACAUGACGCUAAGAUGGCUUGUUGCUUUCUCUAAAAGGCUCGUCUAUAAGUAAGAUUGUCUAGAAAUGCAUCUUUACUUGGCUGGUCUUGGAGAUGAUAAAAUGUGAAGUUUUGUGAAAAAAGUUCCCUCCUGUAUGUAACUGUUUUCCCCCCGGUGUUCUUCCGUUAUUGUGAUCGUAUUAAUAACGAAUCUCAUUCUUUGAAUUGUUUGUAAUUUAUAAAGUUGUUCAUUUCUUGGAGAUAGUAUAUACUUGUGUCUUAUUCAAUUUUAACCAAGGUCACAUCAUGUCUUCAUGACAGUUUCUUGUGCUGA